UAGAGGGCGCUCGUUUUAAAAAUGGCGGCCUCCAUGAGAAGAGCGAUUUUACUUCUUCGGGCAAACAUGUUCAGUCAAGCUGAACGUCGUUCUUUUACUCCUCAUCUUCCUUUUCAAAGUUCAUAUUUAAUCUUCAACGUAUGGAAGACUCAUGUCUUAACGUAUGCCAAAAAAGCAGGGAAAGGAUCCAGAGUUGCCGAGCCAAGAGAGUUGAUGCAAGUCAACACAGACCCCAACUACCUGGUGAGCCACUGCUCUGGGUCGAACUACUUCCGAGAGGGUCAGGACGUUAAGCUGGGACCAGACGAGGACUAUCCAGACUGGCUGUGGGACCUCCAUAUCGGACCUCCCCCAACGCUGGAGGAAAUGUCGCCCGACACACCGCAGUACUGGCGAAAGCUGAGGAGGAUGCACAUGAGGAGGAACAAUCGCCUGGCUAAAACCAAGAAGUUCUAGGGACUGCUGGAGAGAGCCGCCGACAGACUGCACUGCCCAAUGCACAUACAUGUACUAUCACAACUGCACUGACAGAGCUGUACAGUGUAACUGCCAGGCUUGUGCAGAAAGGAGUCUAUUUCGUACAUGGCUAUCUGUCUUGGCAUACAUGUGCUUCAACUGUGAACCAUAUUAGUGCAUAAUUGGGUGUGUUUAGGGAAUUUAUAGGAAUGACUUUCCCAGCUGGGAUAUAGAGCAUAUGUACAUACAUGUAUGUAUUCCACAGUGGAUUAAUGCUGAUGCCAUUUAUAUUGCAAGUUGUCAACAGAUGUAGAUAUCAGAUUUUGAGCUGUUUGUUACAGGUCAUAUGUACCAUAGAGGAAGAACACAGAAGGAGUUGCAACUCAGGCAAGUCAAAGUGUUCAAUGAUGGUCGCCGCCGAGUCAGACGAAUAAUA